AUGACUGGCAUUGUAGAGACGAGAUUGGUCCUGCGACAAAGCAUUCAGUACUCAGCACAACCUGGAAGUGCACGGCGUGGUCCACUCGGGGAACAAGGCCUUCGUCUGCACCGACUGUGGGAAGGCCUUCGCGCGCAGGGCAGAGCUCAGGGACCAUAUGCGGAUACAUACUGGCGAGCGUCCGUUCUCGUGCGAGGAGUGCGGCGCGAGGUUCACUCAGCGCUCGAACCUGCACUCCCACCGCCGCGCCACGCACUACAACGACACCAGGCACCACUGUACCCUCUGUCCCAAGAAGUUCAAGCGGAGGAGGUUACUAGAGUACCACAUAAAGGCGACGCACACGGGCGAGCGUCCCCUGAAGUGCAACGUGUGCCAACUGUCCUUCGUGUACCCCGAGCAUUACAAGAAACAUGUCCGCAUACACUCCGGGGAGAGGCCCUACGUCUGCGAGAUUUGCGGCAAAUCGUUCAACUCUCGCGACAACCGAAACACGCACCGCUUCGUGCACAGCGACAAGAAACCUUACGAGUGCGUCGCCUGCGGGGCUGGGACGGCAACGACCUGAUGUUAAGCAAUCAGCGCCGCCCAUGGACCGACGACGACGUCAGUCACGACUGCGUUGCCGACCUUUUGGGGAUUAGGCCUCCGGGUCACCUGGCGGAGUCCAUCGUUGUCAAUCAACCUAGAGUCAUCAAAGUUACGGAAAAUGUUCGUAUAUUUAUAAAUAUUAACACGUUACUGAGGGGAACUAGUUCGCAUGCUACGGAUAUAACUGACCUAGACACAAAAACCAGUAAAUUUGAUGCGAUAUUCGAGGCACAGACUGAAUUGGAGGCUAGCAUCAAGUCCGUGAAAUCAGAAGCUGACGUGAAUUUAGAAGAUGCCAAAUUCUAUAUUACUGAAGAUAAGAAAUUAAUAUUGCAGGAUAGUGAUAAAACGACAUUGAAUUUAAUACAAGAAGGAGACGAGUCUACGCUUUUAACUAUACAUAACAUAGGAGAGAGGGCCGACGCGACAAUUUUAGAAGCUGUCAAUGCUGACCAAUUGUCUGAACAGACUGAAAUCGUAGCUAAUGAUGAGAAUGGAGGCAUGGUGCGACUAAUCCAAAUCAAAUUACCUGACGGUAACAACGGAUGGGUGGCAAUCAAUCGCUGA